AUGGAAAAGUCUCAAACCUGCCUCGGGGCUGACUCCUCCAGCAAAGUGCUGGUGGUGCAGAGACGGCGGCGGUGGAAAGAAAUCAGUCAAACCCAAACAGUUGGAAAAGCACUUUGCCGGUACCCAGGCCGAUGGAUCUGUGAUGCUGCUGGGGCAGCAAAGGAAGGAAUAAAGAUCCGCACAGGUGGAGCUGAUCCUGCUCUGGGGUACGUCUAUCACAGCUCGCAGUGGAUGGUGGCGGGGAACACGGAUCAUUCCUGCAUCACCCCCCGGCUCUACAUCCACCCCGACUCCCCCUGCUCAGGGGAGACCUGGAUGAGGCAAAUCAUCAGUUUCGACCGGGUGAAGCUCACCAACAACGAGAUGGACGACAAGGGGCACAUCAUCCUCCAGUCCAUGCACAAGUACAAGCCCCGCGUCCACGUUAUCGCCCAGGACUCCCGCUUCGAUCUAGCGCAGAUCCAGUCGCUGCCGGCCGAGGGGGUGCACAGCUUCUCCUUCCAGGAGACCGAGUUCACCACCGUGACGGCUUACCAGAACCAGCAGAUCACGAAGCUGAAAAUCGACAGGAAUCCCUUCGCCAAAGGUUUUCGGGAUCCCGGGAGGAACAGGGGGGUCCUGGACGGGCUCCUGGAGACCUACCCGUGGCGACCCCCCCUCGCCCUGGAUUUCAAGGCUUUCGGCGCAGACAGCCAGGGUGGGAGCUCCAGUUCUUCGCCGGUGACCUCCAGCGGCGGGACGCCCUCUCCCCUCAACCCCCUGCUCUCUCCAUCGUGCUCACCUCCCGCGUUUCACUUGUCGGCAAGCAACAUUGGCGUGUCGUGCCCCGAGACCUACCUACACAACCUCAACGUGCCCCUCUACUACAAGAUUUGUCCUACGGGCUUCUUAAGACAACAGUCUCUCAUCUUUCCAAGCCACGAAAAACUGGGAGGCACCAACGCGCAUCUUUUACCCCACGUCAUGGUGGAUAUGCCAAAACUAUCUUCCCUCGGCAUAACCAAUCUGAAAAAUGCUAAAGCUGAAGACUUAAACGGGCAAUGUCUACAAGUACCCAAUUCUGCUAGUCAAAUGCUGUAUGGAUUACAUGCAUCUGGAAACAUUUUCCCAUCAAGUCCCAUUGCUCGGGAAGCACUUAAUUGUUCUUUACAUCCUCCAUAUGGCUUGUAUGGUUAUAACUUCUCUGUGCCAUCUAGACUGAUGAAUGCAGCAAGCCAUUUCAAAGUGAGUGACAGCAUUCCUGCUUCUUUGAGAGAUGGCAGAUGUAAUCACUCUAACUGGCACCCGACAAUUAACCAUUGCCUUUAG